GACGACAACAGCACUUCGACACAUCCUGAAGAUUUUCAACGUAUUUCGUGAAGUCUUGUACCCAUUCAGCAGAAUCAUUCCACGUCAUUUCAUUUCGCCAUGAAGUUCUUCGAUGAGACAACAAUAUACACAUAAGGCAUAUAGUGCUUGUUGACAAAAGAAGCUAAGUUGUGAUGGCCAGCCACGAUAAGGACAGUGGACAUCUGGUCUUGGCCACUUCCAGACGAAAGUCUGAAGACAACAUGGCCACUUCCAGUGGGCAACCUGGAGGUCUGGUGGCCCCAUCCAGUGAACAGCCUGAAGGUUGGUUGGCCCCAUCCAGUAAGCAGCCUGAAGGUCGGGUGGCCCUUUCCAGUGGGCAGCCUGAAGUUCGGGUGGCCCCUUCUAGUGGGCGGCCUGAAGGUCGGGUGGCCCCAUCCAGUGGGCGGCCUGAAGGUCGGGUGGCCCCAUCCAGUGGGCAGCCUGAAGGUCACAAGGGCACAUCAAGAUUGAGAGGUGACUUGCCUGUUUCUGAAGUUGACAUAUCCAGUUCAGAUGAGGAAUACCUUACUGCAGAGGAUGACUCUGGUAGCAGCAGAGUCAGUUCAGACGAGGAACAUGAAGGUCGCUUGGUACUCGCAGGUUCAGCUGAGCAUGAGGAGGUUCUUGAGCUGGAGAACCAAGCAAUCACUCUGAGUACAGGUGAAAAGCGUUCAGGGAAUGCCCAAGUUGCCAACACUCUCAACAUCAUCACUGGAGGGGCAGGACAAGGAACACUGGGGAGAGAUACCCUUGAUUUGCGCACAGAUGAAGCAAGGAAGAUUUUUGCUCCAACUGAAGCCUACAGAAAAGUGAAACAGAAGUUGAAGGAAUUUGGUCAUGUGACUAUCUGUGGUGCUUCAGGAGAAGGCAAGACAACAAUGGCUCUGAUGCUGGGUUCACAGUAUAGACAAAGGAGUCACGAGAAGUUGUACAAAUUGAACCUGACCACGUUAGACAGUGGAGAUGAAGACAAGGAAAUGGACAGGAUGGUCAAAACUGUUCAAGACCUGAUGCCAAAUGCUACACGUUCAGGCAUGUACAAAGCCGCUAAAAGUUUGAGAGAGUACAAGGUGAAAAAGUUGAAGAAACAACAGUUGAUGACCAUCUCCAUCUGA